AUGUUGGGAGUCAUUCUUGAAUCGAUUACCAGGCCUUCCGAAGUGGCCGCUUUACUUCAAUACAAGUUCGCACCCAAGAGUUCAUCUACUGAACGUCUCAAGCAGAGUUUGGCCAACGACGCGUCCAAGAAAGAAUGCUAUAAAUACUUGAACAUGACUUCAAGAAGUUUUGCUGCUGUUAUUCAAGAGCUUGAUGAUGAAUUAAGAGAUGCUGUUUGUCUGUUUUAUCUUGUUUUAAGAGGAUUGGAUACCAUUGAAGAUGAUAUGACUCUCAACCUGGACAGAAAAGUUGAAUUAUUAAGGUCGUUUGACCAGAUUAUUUACCAAAAGGGGUGGACCUUCAAUGAAAAUGGACCUAAUGAAAAGGACCGUGAAUUGUUGGUUCACUUUGAUGUUGUCAUUGACGAAUUCUUAAAGUUAAAGCCCGAAUUUCAAAAAGUCAUUGCCAACAUUACGAAAUUGAUGGGUAAUGGUAUGGCCGAUUAUGCUACUGGGGAACAUCGUGAAAAUACUUCAGUUGCUACAGUAAAAGACUUUGACCUUUAUUGUCACUAUGUUGCUGGCCUUGUUGGAUAUGGCCUUUCGGAUCUGUUUGCCGCUUCGGGCCUUGAAUCCAAAGAAAUUGCAGAGGACAAAACAUUGUCUAACGCAAUGGGUGUGCUUUUGCAAAAGACAAAUAUUAUCCGUGAUUAUCGUGAAGAUUUGGAUGAUGGACGUCAAUUCUGGCCUCGCGAAAUUUGGGGUCAAUAUAUUGAUAAAUUUGGUGAUCUCACCAAACCUGAAAAUAAGGAUAAGGCCAAGCAUUGCUUGAAUCAUAUGGUUUUGAACGUUUUGAAUCACGUUCCUGACAGUCUUACUUAUCUCUCAAGACUCAGAAAUCAGUCUGUAUUUAAUUUUUGUGCUAUUCCUCAGGUGAUGGCUAUUGCCACACUUGCUUUAGUGUUCAACAAUCUCGACAUUUACCAACGCAAUAUUAAAAUACGUAAGGGUGAGGCCGUCAAGAUGAUUUUGCAGAGCACCAACAUGGAUAAUGUCAUUGCUAUUUUCAGACACUAUGUAUUUGAAAUCGCAAAGAGAAAUGAAGCUACAGAUCCCAACUUUAUGAAUAUUUCUAUGGCUGUUGGCAGAGUAAGUUGA